AAAAAAAAAAAAAAAAAACACUGCAUGUAGUUUUUUGAUCUUUGCAUUAACCAACCAAGCGGUACACUGUGAAAUACAGCUGCGAAUGGCAUCGCUAUUUGAAAACUAUUACAGGGUUGACUGACUUCAAUUAAAAAAAUAAGUUGGUGAAAAUUUGGUAGUAAAAUUAGAGAACAACAAUAGAGGUGCCCAGCAAACUAAUGGGCUGCUGCUGCUGGGAUCCAUUUAACACUUGCGUACUUUGCAAAAUUUGUAUGUGUGAAUCAGAAAAAUGAUGUGGCUGCUGGGAUUCGAGCCCAGGUCUCCACGGCCACAACGUGGAAUUCUCACCACUAAACUACAGCCACUUUGUUUGAUAGAGCAGUAACAUGUAAUCUUCUUGAUUCUUUUCCAAGAAAACUGUCCGUAUGCAUUAUCCGUUGCUCUUCUUCACCAAAGCCUAAUACAACGCUUCAUUAAUCCUGUUUUAAUUACUUUUAAUCACUGAUGAUCACCAGUUAUCAGUCAUUUACUCUCGAUCCUCCCCACUAUUAGACCUUUUAAUUACUCUUAGUCACCCACUAACCCAAAAAAUCAGUAUAAAUUCGAGCCAUCGCUAGCCAAUGUGAUCACACAACACGAAAGUACCAAAACUAAAGCUACACCACCAAAUAUAAUAUGGCUUCAAACACCACUUUCCUCUUCGCCACCGUCGCACUUCUCGGCGGCAUCCUUCUCCAAAACACCACCGUGUCAGGCAGGGAUCUCCCGAUCCCGACGGCAGAGUCAACCAACAUAGCUGCGAGGCUCCAGAGCGGAGGACUAAUGGAGUGUUGGAACGCAUUGUACGAGCUCAAGUCAUGCACUAACGAGAUCGUUCUCUUCUUCCUCAACGGCGAGACCAAACUCGGUGUUAGUUGUUGCGAAGCCGUCGAGGUCAUCACGACCAGCUGUUGGCCUGCGAUGCUGACUUCUCUCGGCUUUACAUCUGAAGAAGCUAAUGUCCUCCGUGGCUUUUGCCAUGAUCCAAACUCUAGCGGCUAUUCUCCGGCUGCUUCUCCCAAUAAAGCUUGAUUGUGAUUUGCCUUAUUAAUACACGCAUAUAUAUAUAUAUGGUUAUAAUAAAUCUUCUUAUUUUUAGUCUUAUUUCAGGCGUGCUAAUCUUCUUUCACCAACCCAAAGAUUGAUCGAGAUUUUUGUUUUUUAAUCAGAAUUUUUUAUUAUCCUAAGUGCAAAAACAUGAAAAAGGUUAUCUGACAAAUUAGGUAACUUGUUUCAGAAGAAACC